AUGUCCCAGGAACCUACAAUGUACUCCCUUUUCCUGUUCCUUUUUCUGAGCCAUGGAGUGGCAAGUCAUAGAGCUCCCGAUACCAGACAGGAUUUGCAUCCAUUGUUACAAAAAAUGGCGGAAGAAAUAAUACAGGGAAGCUAUCUGAAUGCCUUGCUGGAUCUCAUACAGUUUCAAAGCUCCCACGUCUGGACGGCAGACCUGUCCCACAGAGUGCUAGCCUAUCUGCAUUCACGGAAUGUUGCCUUCACCAUCCCCAGCCUGCAGGCAGCCAUGGAAAACCACCUGGAGCGGCGUUUGUACGAGCCCCAGAAGCUGCUGGAGGACCUGAGGAAUACUGAUGUCCAGCAGUUCCGCACAGCCAUGAAAUGCAUCUUGGAGGACAAGAAGGACCGCUUGGACCUGAAGGACGUUGUUAUUGACUUGGGAGAGAUUCGGGAGCAAGCCCUGCAGAGCCCCGGCGUGAACCGCAGCCUGCUUCUUAUCACGCUGGAGAGGUGCUUCCAGGUGCUGAACUCCCUGGAGUGUGUGGAGAUCCUGGCAAAGGUGCUCAGGGGUUCCCCGGGUAGCUUGCUGCAGCCGGACAUCAUAGAGAGGCUGCCGCGAGGCCUGCGUGAGGACGCCUUUAAGAACCUCUCUGCAGUGUUCAAAGAUCUCUAUGACCAAAUCUCGGCUCAUUCCCAGAGAGCCCUCUACUCCUGGAUGAGUGGGGUUUUACAGACAUACUCCAACUGCACAGAUGACUCUGUUUCAUGGGUCAGUGCAGAAAACUUAUGGAUUUUGGGCAGAUACAUGGUUCACCUGUCAUUUGAAGAAAUCACGAGAAUUAGUCCUAUAGAAAUCGGGCUGUUUAUCAGCUAUGACAACGCCACGAAGCAGCUGGACACAGUCUAUGACAUCACACCCCAGCUGGCCCAAGCGUUUCUGGGAAGGAUCGGCUCCUCCAGCUUUGACAUGAGGAAUACCUCUACCAUCCACAGGCUGGGGCUGCUGGUUUGUUUCUAUGAUGACCUGGAGUCGCUGGACGCUGCCAUGGCCCAAGUCCUCCUUCACCAGAUGAUCAAGUGCAGUCGCCUAAGGGGCUUCCAGGCUGGCGUUCAGCAGCUCAAAGCUGACCUUCUGGACAUUGCCACGGACAACCAGACCCUCAACGAGACCCUGGGCUCUUUGUCGGAUGCGGUGGUGGGCCUGACCCACCGGCAGCUGGAAUCCCUGUCCCCCGAGGCCGUGCAUGGCGCCAUCUCCACCCUCAGUCAGGUCUCAGGCUGGGCCAAGAGCCAGGCGAUCAUCUUGUCCGCCAAAUACCUGGCCCAGGAGAAGGUGCUGUCCUUCUCCACUGUCCACCAGAUGGGCACGCUGCUGGCAGGGGUCGGUGCCCAGGCUCUCCACGGCAUGGACCCCGGGGACCUCUGGCAGCUGCUGCGAAGCGCCGUCUCCCACCACCUGUCCGGCCUGUCACCUGCCCAGCAGCAGAGUGUCCUCAGGAAGGCGAUGGGAGCAGGAGACCCUGCCCCGGGCAUCAUGGAGCUACACAGGGAUUUCUUCACGGAAGUGUCGCUCUUCCAUUUACAGAGCGAGCCUGGACUCAGCACUACAAUGCUAAAGGAAAAGCAGCUUCGGAGGAGCCAGGCCUUGUUCCUCUAUGAGCAGCUGUCAGAGACAACCAGGAGCCCGGAGGAACUCCUAAGCGCUGGGCAGCUGGUCAAAGGCGUGACUUGCUCACACAUUGAUGCCAUGAGCACCGACUCCUUCCUGGCCCAUUUCCAGUAUUUCGAGAACAACCUGUCCCUGCUCUCGCCGCAUCAGGUUAACUGUCUGGCGUGGAAAUACUGGGAAGUUUCCAGGUCGUCUGUGCCACCUUUCCUCUUGGUUGCACUGCCGGCUCGCUACGUGGCUUCCAUCCCAGCCUCCCAGUGUGUGCCGUUCCUGAUCAGCCUGGGGAAGAGACAGCUGGAUUCCUUGGUUUUAGAUUCCCACAAAAAGAACUUGGUCAUCAGAAAAGUGCAGCAGUGCCUGGGUGACUCCAUUGCCGACGAAUACGCCGUGGAUAUCGUGGGGAACUCGCUGUGCCACCUGCCAGCAGCCAUGAUCAACACGGGAAUCUCCCCCAAGGCCUGGGCCACUGUCCUGCACCGCCUCCGCGGCUGCCCAGAUCUCGGCCCUGAGCAGAAGGCUGCGGUGAGGCUCCGGCUCCUGGAGGAGCUCGGACCCCCUGGGAACUGGACCGCCGAGAUGACGGAGGACUUGGGAGCCUUUCUCACGCUUUUCACAGGAGAGGAGUUAAGCCCUGUUGCCACCAAGUUUCCUGAUAUCCUUCAACAAACAGCUUCCCACCUGGCCGGGACCCUGCCCCCUGAAGAAUUCCUUGGUGCUGUUUUUGUGUCUGUCCGGAACAGCAGUGACCGCAGCCUUGGCUCUGCCCCUGUCCCUGGUUGCCAUGGAGUCGUGGCUCCCUCUUCCAAUGACAUCUUCAGGUUGGCCGAGGCCAACGUCUGCUGGGCCCCUGAGGACUUGCUCUGCAUGGACGGGGACACUUUCCUCAGGAGCGUGGAGCUGCUGGGGGCUGUCCAGGGUUUCAGCCACGCGCAGCUGAUGGCCCUGAAGGAGAAGGCUGUGCAGCUUUGGGACACGCCGUCUCACUGGAGGGCACACCAAGUCGUCUCCCUGGGGCGCAUUGCCCUGGCUCUGAACGAGAGCGAGCUGCAGCAGCUGGACCUCAGCUCCAUAGACACCGUGGCUUCCCUGAGCCAGCAGACAGGAUGGGCCCCAGGACAGAUGAAAUCCAUUCUGCAAGGGUUCCUGGAGGAUUCAGGCUAUGGUAUCCAGGAUCUGAAGAGUUUUCAUUUAGUAGGACUUGGUGCAACCCUAUGUGCUAUGAACAUCACUGAAAUCCCACUGAUAAAGAUCUCAGAGUUCAGGGUGGUCGUGGCCAGAAUUGGGACACUAUUCUGCAGCCCUCACGUCUUGGCCGAGUUUAAGAAGAGAGCAGAAGCCGUAUUUGGCCGUCCCACUGAGUGGACGAGCUCUGUGUUGCAGGAGCUUGGGACCAUUGCAGCUGGAUUAACUAAGGCAGAGCUGCGAUUGCUCGACAAGGAUUUGAUGCCGUAUUUCCAGCCAUCAGCAAUAAAAUGCCUUCCUGAUGAGAUAUUCAAAGAGCUGUCCGCCCAGCAGAUCGCCUCCCUGGGCCCGGAGAACGCCGCUGCCGUGACCCACGCCCAGCGCCGGCGGCUCGGCGCCGCGCAGCUGCAGAGCCUCCAGCGGGCGCUAGAUGGCGCCAGGACCCGCUCCUGGCUGGACGCGCCCGCCAGCGCCAGCCCCAGCCGGACCCCGUCCGGUGCGCCCGCAGUCCUUGUCCCCCGCACCCCGCUCCGAGUUCGUGGUCCGGUAUUCCUGAAUUUCGGGCAGGAGACAGGUGAGAUCGCCUUCAACAGGGCAGGAGAGGAGCCGCCCCGGGGCCGUGCCUUCCCCCUUUUAAUUCCGUUUUCCGCGAGCCUCAUGAAGUGUGCCCGACGACCGCAAGGCAGCGUGGUGGGGAAGGAGCGCCUGGCUCUUGGGCUCUUCGGUUUGGCUGCCCCCUGCUGGCGCUAA